AUGGUUUCUGUCUCUAAAUUAAUCAACAACGGUUUGUUAUUAGCUGGCCAAAGUGUCUUCCAAGACGUCGCUACUCCACAACAAGCUUCUGUGCAACAAUAUAACAUAAUCAAUUUUCUUGGUGGCAGUGCUCCGUAUAUUCAAAGAAAUGGAUAUGGAAUUUCUCCUGACAUUCCUGCUGGAUGUGAAAUUUCACAAAUUCAAUUGUACUCAAGACACGGUGAAAGAUUCCCAACUGAAAGUAGUGGGAAAGAUUAUGAGAAAAUUUAUGCUAAAUUUGAAAAUUAUAAUGGUACUUUCAAAGGUGAUUUGGCAUUCUUAAAUGAUUAUACUUUUUUUGUUACUGAUAAAAGUAACUAUGCCAAAGAAACCAGUCCCAAAAACUCCGAGGGGACUUAUGCUGGUACUUCUAAUGCCUUGCGUCAUGGUGCAGCAUUUAGAGCCAAAUAUGGAUCAUUAUACAAGGAAAAUUCAACUUUACCUGUUUUCACAUCCAAUUCUAACAGAGUACAUGAAACUUCAAAAUAUUUUGCUAGAGGGUUUUUAGGCGAUGAUUAUGAAGAAGGCAAAACUGUCAAGUUUAACAUUAUAUCUGAAGAUGCAGAUCUUGGUGCCAAUAGUUUAACUCCUAGAAGUGCUUGUUCAAAAUAUGACAAGCUGGCAAAUAAAAAUAUCAUUAAAAAAUACGACACCAGUUAUUUAGACACCAUUGUGAAAAGAUUAGUUAAACCGAAUCCAGGAUUAAAUUUGACCACCAGUGAUGUUGAUAACUUGUUUAGUUGGUGUGCUUAUGAAAUCAACGUCCGAGGAAGUUCACCAUUCUGUGAUUUAUUCACCAAUGAAGAAUUCAUUAAGAAUUCUUAUGGUAAUGAUCUUUCCAAAUAUUAUGCCAAUGGUGCUGGUAACAAUUACACCAGAAUUAUUGGGUCAGUGAUUUUGAACUCUUCUUUAGAGCUCUUGAAAGACACUAAAAACUCCAACCAAGUAUGGUUAUCAUUUGCCCAUGACACCGAUUUGGAGAUUUUCCAUUCUGCUUUAGGAUUAUUGGAACCAGCUGAAGAUUUGCCAACAUCUUACAUCCCAUUCCCUAACCCAUACGUCCAUUCCUCAAUUGUUCCACAAGGUGCUAGAAUAUAUACGGAAAAGCUUCAAUGUGGAAAUGAUGCCUAUGUUAGAUACAUUAUCAAUGAUGCUGUUGUACCAAUUCCAAAAUGUGCCACAGGUCCAGGUUUCUCCUGUAAACUUGAUGAUUUUGAAAACUUUGUCAAGGAAAGAAUUGGAGAUGUUGACUUUGUUAAACAAUGUGGUGUCAAUAGCACUUAUCCAUCUGAACUUACUUUCUACUGGGAUUAUAAAAACGUCACUUACAAUGCUCCUUUAGAAUUGUAA